AUUAAAUAUAUUGUUAAUCUUAUAUUUUAAAUUAUUUCAUUUGAAUAAACGAAUAAGUUAUUUAUUUGACACAAUGUGUAACGUCGAGACAGAUGGUUGUUUACAAGAAGAAUAUAAAUUGAUUAAUUGUUUAAACCAAGGCUGCAUCUGUUUUGUUAAAUCAAUGAAAUGUAUAUACUUGUGCAUUGACAUGUUAUAAAAGUGAGGGUUUUAAAUGAGGGUUAUAUUUAUCUAUUUGUCAAUGCAACUGAGAAUAUUGAAAACUAAGGAUUAAAACGCAUCGUUCAAGAUGACCGAAUACUGGCUUAUAUCAGCACCAGGAGAUAAAACUUGUCAACAGACAUGGGAGACAAUGAACAACUUAACUAACAAACAAAAUUCUUUAUCGGAAAAUUUCAAGUUUCAUAUACCUGAUCUUAAAGUGGGAACGCUAGAUCAAUUGGUUGGUCUAUCUGAUGAUCUAGGAAAAUUGGAUGCAUUUGUCGAACAAGUUACACGCAAAGUUGCCACUUAUUUGGGAGAAGUUUUAGAAGAUCAAAGAGAUAAACUACAUGAAAAUCUUUUGGCCAAUAACAGUGAUCUACCUUCGUAUAUAACUCGAUUCCAGUGGGAUAUGGCUAAAUAUCCGAUAAAACAAUCACUAAGAAAUAUUGCGGAUAUAAUUAGCAAACAAGUGGGUCAAAUAGAUGCCGAUCUUAAAACUAAAUCAACAACUUAUAAUAAUUUAAAGGGAAGCUUACAAAAUCUUGAGAAAAAACAAACUGGAAGUUUGUUAACAAGAAAUCUAGCGGAUUUAGUUAAAAAGGAGCAUUUUAUUUUAGACAGCGAAUAUUUAUCAACGUUACUUGUCAUCGUACCAAAGUCUAACUAUCAUGAUUGGUACAGUGGGUAUGAAAAAUUAACUAACAUGAUUGUACCUCGUAGUACACAACUUAUAGUUGAAGAUUCUGAAUAUGGAUUGUUUACAAUAACAUUGUUUAAAAAAGUUAUUGAAGAAUUUAAAUUGCAUGCACGUGAAAAGAAGUUUAUCGUACGGGACUUUACAUAUAAUGAAGAAGAAUUAGCUGCAGGUAAAAACGAAAUAACAAAAUUGGUAACUGAUAAGAAAAAACAAUUUGGAUCGUUGGUACGUUGGUUGAAAGUAAACUUUAGCGAAUGUUUCUGCGCUUGGAUUCACGUUAAAGCUUUACGUGUAUUCGUAGAAUCCGUUCUUAGGUAUGGUUUACCUGUUAAUUUUCAAGCAAUUUUAUUGCAUCCUCAUAAAAAAUCCAUGAAACGAUUGCGCGACGUUUUAAAUCAACUUUACGCUCAUUUGGAUUCUUCCGCUACAGCAUCAGGACAAAAUCAAGAUAGUAUGGAUAUACCUGGAUUAGGAUUUGGACAAAGCGAUUAUUUUCCUUACGUGUAUUAUAAGAUCAAUGUGGAUAUGGUUGACAAUAAGGUGUAAUAAUUCACACUCUUUAAAAAAAAAAAAAAAAAAA